UUUAUCGUCACACGCAAUAACAAAUAGGGUUAAAAGCCCUAAUGUACAUAGUGACACCAAGAUGAAGAGGAAUACUAAAAUAAUUUUGAGGAUAGUACAUGGUGCCAUUGGUUUAUUAGCCGGAGUUAGUGCUUGUUUUGUGUUUGCAAUGAAAUUUGAUAACAUAGACGCUGCUGUCUGGGCGGCCGUGUCAGGAUUUGUCGCUAUGCUUUAUGUUGGAGUAAAUAGUUCUGUAUUACGAGACAUCCGAGGAAAUAUUUACCCUCAUCGCUUUUUGCAGUACAUGGUUCUCGCCUUUAUACUUAUGAUGGCGGGUUUUGCUGCUAUGCUCACCUACAUGGUGAUCGGAAUAAACGAAAAAGAAGAACUGAAUGGUAAAGGAAGCUAUGUUGUGAUUGUGUGGGGAUUCAUGACAUUCAAGUGGGCAAUCUUUCUUCUUUUAUCAUCGAGGCGAUUUUACACUGAAUACCUAAAUAUGGAUGCUAAAUUGGGAAUUUUUAAUGACGAUAACUGCCCAGUGAUAAAUGCGGACCAAUGAGGACGUUGAUGUACAUAUAUAAAUAGCAUAAGGAUUGUUGAGUAUAUCUUCAGUCUAUCUAAUAUAAUAAUAUAUGGAAUUAUUACCUUUUCUUGAUCACUAGAAUGAGUGAUUUUAACUAUAAAACAUGAUUUUGCGUGAAA